GCUCGUUGUUCACUGCAAUCACUACUCGAUGCUCUCCCUCCACCGCUGAGACGGUGGCUUUGCAUCUUGACUUCAGGUUUUCUUACAUGCAAACCCGGUGCAGCUGUCCAGCACGCCAUCGCCCGGGCGCCCAACCUUACUUUUAACCUUGCAGCAUGUCACAACACCAACGCAGCACGUCUCGGCACUUUCCCAAUGCUCCGAGAAAUCGCGCCAGCCUGACCGAUGCCUUGCUGAACCAAGCACCAGAGCUUCCCGCCCAGCAUAAACGAACAGAUACGGCUGCCAAGGGCACGCCAAAGGAACACGAGUCCCCGCCCGAGUCCCCUCAGCGUGGGCCGCACUUUGGCGAGACGACACCUCAGAUUGUUGCUGGCCAAUGGUCUGGAGCACCUCUCACCUAUGAAAAUGGCAGCGCCGACAGAUACUCCCAAUCGCUUCCGAACUCCGAACGACUGAACGAUACACGAGCAUCCAUUUCCUCCGACCACUUUGCAGCGAAUCCCAUGAUCGAGCGAGUCGACCCUUCACAGGCCCCAGCAGUGACUCCGACAUGGGCAAAUCUACCCAACAAAUGCCAAUUGGCCAUCCUCGCCGCAUCCCGCUUCGUCGACUUCUUCCAAAUGGCUGCCCUGCAGACUUUCAUGGUGCACCAGCUCAAAAGUUUUGACCCAGAGCUGUCAGAUGUGGUCAUAUCACAUCAAGCGGGCGUGCUACAAGGCGCCUUCACAGCCGCCCAGAUUGUCACGAGUAUAUUCUGGGGCAGAGCGGCAGAUCAGCCAAAUUUGGGCAGGAAGACGGUACUUCUAAUAGGCUUGAUCGGUACUGGAUUUGGGUGCAUUGGUGUAGGGUUCAGUAAAACAUACGGACAAGCAGUAUUUUGGCGAUUUCUGAGUGGAGCCAUAAAUGGGACUGUGGGCUCGGCGAGGACAAUGGUUGCGGAACUCACCCCAAAGCCAUGGCACCCAAGAGCUUUCUUGCUAUUACCCGCGGCGUUCAACGUCGCCAACGUGGCAGGUCCCAUACUGGCUGGACUACUGGUGGAUCCGGUGGUCAAUUUGCCUGGUCUGUUUGGCCCAGGAAGCACGUUUGGGGGCGACAUUGGUGUAACUUGGAUGAAGAACCAUCCUUACGCGGCAGCGAAUUUGAUGAGCACCGUGUUACUUUUUGCUGAAGCCGUCCUCGUGCAUUUCUAUCUGGCGGAAACACUUCCAGGAAAACACGCGAACGUCGAACCUUUUGAUCCUAUAGCCAAGGUGCGCAAUAUCUACGAUCAAGUUGUUUUGCUGAAAGCUCGCGGCUUCCAGGCACUGCAAGAAAGCCAGAGGGAAGGCCUACUUUCCGGUCGAGAACGAAGCUCAGUAGAAAUGGAUCGAUUGAACUCUACUGGGGAAAAGGAAGAAAUAAGGCCACUGCAACGACUUUCCUUUCGCAGAAUCUGGACUCCGAACGUACUCUGGACGCUGCUCAGCAUAGCAAUCUUUGACUUUCACAUGGGCGCAUUUGCUAAUCUUUGGAUUCUGUUUCUUGCAACGCCUCGAGAGUUUGUGCCACAGUCUGCGGGUCAGGAUAGGACGCUUCAUCCGAGGAGCGCAUUCAAAUUUGCCGCCGGUUUGGCUUUUCCCCCACCUACGAUUGGAUAUGCCAUGUCUAUCAUUGGCUUCAUAGGCGUAGCCCUGCAAUUCCUCCUAUACCCUUGGGCGAACGGCAAAUUUGGCUUGAUGCGCUGCUUUCGAAUGUCCUUGUUCUUCUUUCCAAUGGCGUACUACCUUGCUCCAUACUUGGCGCUCUUGCCCUCCACCACUGCGCCUCCCGAAGCCGCCAGUGGUGCCAUUAUCUGGCUUGGGAUCAGUUUCGUCCUUUUUCUGCAAGUUGCAGCAAGGACUUUUGCGCUUCCAGCCUCAAUCAUCUUGCUCAACAAUAGCUCGCCACAUCCCAGUGUAUUGGCUACUAUCCACGGUAUCGGAAACGCUUGCUCGGCAACUUUUCGAACCGUAGGACCUAUAUUGGCUGGUUAUUGGUAUGGGAUUUGGACCGAACGCGGCAUUGUUGGCAUGGCUUGGUGGAUCGUUGCUACGAUAGCGGCGGUGGGCUGUGUUGCAAGUUUCAAAGUGCGGAAUGGUAGUGGACACGAAAUAUUCUUGCCUGGCGAGGAGGGUGACCUUAAAGAAGCUGAGGCAGGGCCUGGGCGAAGUGGCGAUAGCAGAUGAGUAGAUGCAAGCAGUCGCGGCGCCUGAUCUGUCUUGACCGUGCUGUUACCGCGGCAUGAUCAGAAUGACCGUCAUCGCAUUGCGAAUCUGCGGCAUCACAACACCCAGGCUUCUCGAUUCAUCUGCACGAUACCAGCUCGUUACUACAGAAGCACUUUACUCUCCUGGAUGCUGCUCGAUCUGGAACCUAUGCUCACUUACCGAAGCUUUAGGCCUCGAGCUUAUGAAAGUGUAGCUCUCCAACUACUACGGCACAACAGCUAGGCUGUGCAUCUGCGAAUGGUCGAUCGGAAGCACCAGCGCAGGCUGAAGGAGACGGGAUCGUCAUCGAAUGGCUGACAGGAAGGCCGCGUCAGUAUUCGUGGAGGCUUAAAAAACCUCGGGACCACAAUCGCAACCUUUGCGUCAAGACGCGUCGAGACGCAUCGAGACAUGAUCAAACUGCACCAGAAAUGUACCCGGCGUGUCAGCAAAUUCGUUGCAAGUCGCUGGACCACCUGACAGGCGUCGGGCAACUCCGCAGAUCGACUGUUUCGGUGAAGUUCGUGUGGCAGAGCCUCCAGCGGACACAUUCGCCAUCUGAUCACUGAUGGCACAUGAAAAUUUACAAUUCCCUAUGGAUGAGGUGGAGAACACAGAUGUAAGUUGCAGUAGCAUGUCAACCAGUGCGGGGCUGGUAAGUCGAGGUAUUUCGGAAUGGCAUGAGCUUUGGCAACAUGGACCCAAUCGCAUUCGGAGCCGAUGCACUGCACGAUAUAUCCGUUUCGACCUAGAAUUAGGUAGGAGUCAACUCCUAGAUCAAUCGAGUAAUGGAGGCUCCACCACGCCAGUCUGCUCAGUGAUCAGAGAGUACGCCUCAAUUCUCCUAUGCCGCCCAUAAUCGAAAGUCU